AGGAAAACUUUCCCUGGGGUACAUCUUCGAAAUCUGUUUUGGGCUAUUUCUAGAGCAUCAAAUAAAGUGGAUUUUCAUGAGGCAUUAAAUAAAAUGAAGGCAGUGGAUGAAACUGCUUACAAGUGGGUAAUUGACAAUGAGCCAGAUCAAUGGUCUAGAUUUGGCUUUGACACUGAAGCCAAAUCUGACCAUAUCACAAAUAAUAUGUCUGAAACAUUUAAUAGUUGGCUUGGAGAAGGUCGGGAGCUGCCUAUUCUCAGUUUGUUGGAGUUGUAUCGAAGAAGAAUAAUGAAGAGACUUUAUAGUAGGCUGAAGGCAGGGACUGAAUGGGUCACUCCAUUGCCCCCACUUGUUGUUAAAAAAUUGAACAAAAGUAUUGAGACAGCUCGAAAUGUCUCUAUUUCAUAUGCUGGACUGCAAGAGUUCGAGGUGAUUGAUAUGAAUGGUAUUCCAAGCAGAACAUACACCUUGAAUUUGGACAAAAGAAUCUGUGAUUGUGGGAUGUGGCAGCUGUCUGGGAUUCCCUGCCAACAUGCAAUCUGCUCAAUAUUGCACAUGAACUUCCCUACCAUUGAUAAGUUUGUAGAUGACAGGUUGCAAAUUUCAGCAUAUAUGAGAACAUAUGCUGAAAUUAUUCAUCCUAUUCCAGACAAGAGAACCUGGCCAGAGGAAUGUGAAGAUAAGCUGCAGCCACCUGUUAGGCAUGGCAAAGCUGGCAGGCCCAGAAAGGCUAGGAGGAAAGACCCCACUGAAGAGAGAAAGAGAAAACCUGUGUCUACACUUAGGUGUAGUCACUGCCAUGAAUUGGGGCACAACAAAAGGUCCUGCCAAUACAAUCCAAACAAUGCAGGAAGACCCAAAAAAAAGAGAAGAACAAUCCCAACCAUGGAAAGCCAGUCAGCUAAAAGUCAGUUUGGUUCAUCUUCUUCCUCACAGCAUCCAGAGUCACAGAUACAAUGAAACUGGGGAUUUCCCUUAUGUAAAUUUUUUGGAUAAUUGCUCAAUUGCUCAGUUAUAAAUUUUUUGGAUAAUUUUUUGGUUCAUCUUCUUCCUCACAGCAUGUAAAUUUUUUCUAUAGCUCAGUGAAAUGUUCUC